CCAUCUCCCCUCGUACUUAUAGCACCUGCUACGCCGUAGUCCCAACAUGACGCACAACUUCUCCGAAUUCGCUUUCGACUAUAUCAACCCCGAUAACUCCAAGCCCUCCCAAGGCUACGACGUCCCCUUCUUCGACACUGCAGGCGAAGUCGUAGUACCCCCCGUCGAGUCUUUCGAGCUCCAGAUCGACCACGACCUCGCCGCCUUCGACGAGGACCAGCUUCAGGUCCUCUUCGACACCGCCCAGUUUGCUGGUUAUAGAUCGAACGAGCCCGUCUUUGGCCCCGGCUCCAUCACCGCGUCUUCCCACUCGGCCUACGACACCGUUUCCACCGUUUCAGAGUCCUUCUAUAGUUUCCCCACCUCUCCCGCCUACGCUCCCAGCAGUUUCCCAUUUCCCAUCGAAAUGGACUUCAGGUCCUUGACCGUCGGCUCCGACUACGGAGUAACCGAUCCUUCGGCCAAUCGCUACACGUCGGGCGCUUCUCCCGACAUGGACCUCACCUCCUUCGGCGUGUUGCCUCCGUCUCCCCCCACUUCCCCUCCGGUGCAUUACAUGCCCAAAGCACGCUCGGAGUACACACCUGCAACAAGCUCAGGGAGGUACCAUGUCCCGGCUAUCUCCCAAAAUGUCUCUCCACAACUGCCCACUGUCCCUCCGGUACCCUCUGUUCUUUCUGUCCACGAUAGGAGCGAGAUCGAUUCGGAGGAUCCGAGGCGUAGGCAUCAGUGUCCCCAAUGCAACCGAGCCUUUGCUCGUGCAUAUAACCUAAAGACCCAUCUGGACACGCAUAAUCCAGAACGCCAGAAGUCGUUCAUCUGCCCACAUCGCAGCUGUGGACGAGCAUUCUCGCGCAAACAUGACCUCCAGAGGCAUCGUGCAGCAAUCCACCAUGACACUGCUUCGUCAGCGUCAUCGGUGUCGUCUAUAUCACCUAGCUCCCGCCCUUAUCCUCAAAAGAAUGGCAUUAGCAUCGUCAGUUCAGGACGGGAAAGGUGUCAGUCAUGCGGCAAGAGCUGGUCGGGUCGAGAGAGGCGUUGCAGCUGCAAUAACGAUUUACGCGUCAAGUAGUUCACCAUACUCAGCCUGCGUUGGGGUCUCGUUUGUACGGAUUCUAUCCCACAGCCGCCCGUCCGGCCGCCUUGCUUCGAAAGUGCGCGAUCGGCAUGUCGUGCUACCCCUGAAGCGGGGUGAAAGCUUGGCUUCACUUUUCACCAUGGCAAUGUGACCCACGCGCGUCCAUAUGGUGAUCUAUGCUAGGCGUUGUCGGACGUGCUCGAGCUCGUAAUGUACAGUAGUGUCGUUCCUGUUCGUCUUUCGUUUUGUGUCAGUGCCUUGACCUGUGUUGGUUGUUCUCUAUUUUCUGCCCGGUGUCUCCUUCCGAAUCUAAUCAAUUUUGUAUUGUAACAUAGCGGUGAAUAGAAAUUAUUCUCAGUAA